AAAGAAAAUAGAUCAUAUAAAUGCUUAGUUUUCCGAUUCCCCUCCCUCACAAAAAACCCUAACCCACUACGGCACUACCCUUCUCUCUCUCUCUCUCUCAGCCAGCAGCCCCUCUUCUCUCUCAGGCAGCUGCCCCUCAUCUCUGUCUUGUCGUUCCUCCCUUACCGAGUUCUUGUGCUUGCAGCCACUAAUAGGCCUUUUGACCUUGAUGAAGCUGUCAUAAGGAGGCUAUCACGAAGAUUAAUGGUAAAUUUGCCAGAUGCUCCUAAUAGAGCAAAUAUAUUGAAAGUUAUAUUGGUAAAAGAGGACUUGUCUUCCGAUAUUGAUUUUGAUGCAAUCGCAAAUAUGACCGAGGGGUAUUCUGGAAGUGAUCUUAAGAAUUUGUGUGUAACUAUUGCGCACCGUCCUAUUAAAGAGAUAUUAGAAAAGGAGAAAAAGGAGCAUGCUGCUGCUCUGGCAGAGGGUAGACCUACUCCAGCAUUAAGUGAAAGUUCCGAUAUCAGGUCACUAAACAUGGAAGACUUUAAACAUGCUCAUCAACAGGUAUGUGCGAGUGUGUCCUCUGAAUCCAUAAAUAUGACCGAGCUUUCGCGAUGGAAUGAUCUAUACGGUGAAGGUGGUUCAAGAGUAAAGAAAGCACUUAGUUACUUCAUGUGAGAGUUUCUUCAUUGUACAAAUGUUUCCCAUCGGCGACCCUCCUUGGUGCCCCUUUGAAGCCUGCGUAUUCACUUGUCGUUGCUCUGGUCUGCUGAGGCUAGCAGGAGUUGGUGCUGAGCUCCAUUUCCUUUGUAAAAUGAAAUAGAUUUCUAAGUAAUUUGAUUUGUUAUGGAUGAUGGGAUUAUGGUGGGUUUUGAAAGAAAGUGGAGAAUUUUGGCCAAGCUCUGUUGCUUUUUGUUUUGUUCCUCAACCACUUUGCCACGAGCACAGAAAAAGAUCAUGUUGAUUUCUUAUUAUUUUUUUUAAUUGCAGUAUUAGAGGAGAAAGAUAAAGAGAGUCAUAUAUGAUUACGACCCUUAUUAUAUGCGUAGUUGUCACACUCCUAGUCCUAAUGUCAACAACAAUGAUUUUAGAUCAUGGACACAAGGUGACUAUUUUCUAUUUUAUAUUUUUUUAUAUAUGCCAUCAUAUGCAUGACACAGUUAUGUCUUUCUGAUUCCAUAAGUCUGCUACUUAUUUGAAAGAUUUCUUUUAUUCAACA